AUGAUCGACCGAGCUCAUGUAGACAAGGGAAGCACAACCAACAUCUUACAACUUUUGGUGAUCCAGCAAAUAGGCAUGGAGACAAAGAUCAACAAGUCAGCUAGGUUACUAGUCGGCGUCAAUGGCAUGACUUCGGUAACCAUAGGCACAAUAGAUCUCGAUAUCUAUUCCCUACCAUUAAUCAGCUCGCAAAACUUCACGGUCAUUGAUGAAGUCGCCCCUACAAUGGCAUCAUGA